ACUUCUUCCUAGUUGAUCAUUUCUUGGUCAUGUCCUGUAGAGUUGGGAGUUUGCCUUCUCAUGCCAAUGAUAAUUAGGUGCAUGCUGCAUGCGGGUGAUGAAAUUUGUUCUAAGCUCGAACCUUUAUCUCCUCUACCCCAAUCUUAGGAAGGCUCUCUCACUACAGGGAAAGGAACACGCUUAACGGAUAACAAUCUCUCUUAGGUAUCCUUGGCGCAUUUCCAACUAGUAUAGGUAACAAGCAGGGGGAGGUGGAGGAGUUCGGCGUCCAGCAAUGGUGGGCAGGGGUGGCAUCCGGCAGGCUUUUCUGGCUUUGGUCAGGCGAUACUCGAAGACAAGGGCGUCCCCUCCGCCGCCUGCCCGGGUGGUGUUGAGGGUAGUGAACAACGUCGCGAAGCUGGAGCCGGCCAGAACGACCCCUAGGGCCCGGCAGCUCUUCUCCCUCCCGCCCUUUCCCGGCGUCCCCUCCCGGCUGCCCGGUCGGAGGAUUCCUCCUGUUGCGGAAGGGCAGGAGGGCGGCGCUUCUUCCAGCCCCCGGGUGACCGCUAUCACUUGGCUUAGAUACUACCUCAAAGACGUACCACCAAAAGUGAUCCGCCGCCAUUUCAACAAAGGCCAGGUAAAAGUGGAGUCCUUCGAUCUUAUUGAUUCACUUGGUCUAAGGAAUUGUCAAAUGCCAGUUUUGAAAAGGUUGAUUUAUUUUUUUAACUUUACAGUGCCUAUACAGAUAAGAUGUAAUGAAGUUAUGGAGACUGGCAUGAAAGUCUGUGUACCUGUGUCAGUGUGUGAGGGUAAGGUGAAGAAGAGAUAUGAUACCAUUCCACAUGGAACAUUGUAUCCUAAUGCAGAUGAGAUAGAGUAUAUACGACGGCUUGUUAUGUACAAGGAUUCUGCAAUAAUUGUGAUAAAUAAGCCUCCAAGAAUGCCAGUCAAGGGAAAUUUACCUGUUCACAACAGCAUGGAUGCAUUAGCUGCAGCUGCAUUAUCCUAUGGCAAUCGUGAGGGUCCCAAGCUGGUGCAUCGUCUUGAUAGUGAAAGUAGUGGCAUUCAUCUGUUGGGAAGAUCAAGUGAAAGUAUAGCUCGUCUACAUCUUUUGUUUAGUGACAGAAACAGAGCCAAAACCUCUUUGGAGAGUUGGAAUUAUGCUGUUGAAGCAACGGCCCAGAGGUUCUGGGCAUUGGUGAUUGGUACACCUAAGGAAAAGGAAGGUGUAAUUUCAGCUCCUUUAGCAAAGGUUAUAUUAAAAGAUGGAAAAACAGAACGAGUGAUUUUGGCACAUUCUUCUGGAAUAGAUGCUUCUCAGGAAGCGAUCACAGAAUACCGUGUAUUAGGCCCCACAGUCAAUGGAUGUUCGUGGAUUGAACUAUUGCCAGUUACUGGAAGGAAGCAUCAGCUCCGUGUUCACUGUGCUGAAGCUUUGGGUACACCAAUCGUGGGAGAUUACAAGUAUGGUUGGUAUGUGCACAAAAAAUGGAAGCAGAUGGAUAGGAUAGACAUCGAUCCAGAAACAGGAGAACCAUAUCGAAUGAGGCGGCCCGAGGGCUUAGAUGUUCAGAAGGGUAGUGUUUUAUCCAAGGUGCCUUUGCUUCAUUUGUAUUGUAGGGAGAUGGUUAUCCCCAAUAUUGCAAAAUUUAUGGAAAUUUUCCAGUCUGGAGAAACCACAGCCAGUCAAACGCUGGAGAAGAGGCCAGAUGUGCUCCGAUUUGUUGCACAAAUGCCAUCACAUAUGAAGAUAAGUUGGAAUAUCAUGUCAUCUUUCUUGGUUUAGUUGCCCGCUUUUCUACUCGAAUUGCAGGGGUUGUGAUUACGCUAACUUGGUGCUAAACCGACAAUUACCCCUCCUUCUGUCCUUCAUCUAUUCCAGGUGAGCAAUAUGUUAACAACCCACAGCUCAAAAAUGAGGCUUGAAAGCUCCCUAUUUCCUCUGCUUUCAGUGUUCUGGUACACUCUUCAACUUCAACUUAGGUACCGUGCCCCACCACUUAAGCCACAGAAAUAUGACAUCUAAGGGAAUCAAACUAGAGGCCUACUUUUUCGCAGCCCCUAACCUAACCAGUUAUACUAUGCAUCUUGAGGCAGCCCUCUUCAUCCAUUGAAAACAGUGCGUUAUAUAGGAUCUUAUCCUGGCAAGGUUGUGCGACAGCAGUUCUGUAUACCUACCAGCUGGCUGUGGCUUAAGACCUCCAAGUCGAUGGGGGUCAAAAAAGUUGGUACUUAAUGGUUAUAAGUUCAUUGAAAAUUAUAAGUUCAUUGCAAAAAUUCCAUUUGCUCAA